AUGGAGUAUAAAGAUAAAACAGAAAAAUCUUGUCUAGCCGAAAACUCCAACGUAUCUGUGGUUGAAAAGUUUAUCGAGGAAGAAGGAAAAGAUAAGAUCCCUAGAGACACAUGGACAAACAAGUUAGAUUUUAUUCUUGCCUGUGUGGGAACAGCAGUGGGCUUAGGAAAUCUAUGGAGGUUUCCGUAUCUGUGUUACAAAAACGGAGGAGGUGCGUUCCUUAUACCAUUUCUGACAUUCGUCGUGUUGGGAGGCGUUCCAAUGUUUACGCUGGAGUUAGGACUGGGACAGUACAUGAGUCUCACGGGCUUUGAAGCAUGGAAAAUAUGCCCUGUAUUUCAAGGAAUAGGAAUCGCGAAUUUUGUUACGAUUUUCCUCACUAACAUAUACUACAUUAUGGUACUGGUGUGGGCUGGAUACUACUUCGUGCUGAGUUUGAACUCGGUCCUGCCCUGGUCUAACUGCAACAACGAUUGGAACACACCCAGACGGGAAGUAUUGCGUUUGAGCACAGGUAUCACGGAUGGUGGGGGUAUCAUUUGGCAACUAGCUCUGUCUUUAAUGAUUUUAUGGAUAAUUGUCUACUUCUGCUUGUGGAGAGGUGUCAAGUGGACUGGUAAGGUUGUAUAUUUCACGGCCCUAUUUCCCUACGUCAUACUAAGUAUACUUCUUGUUAGGGGACUGACGCUAGAUGGCGCCAGAGAAGGUGUGGUAUACUACAUUAAACCAGACAUGACACGACUUGCUGACAUACAGGUUUGGAUUGAUGGAGGGACGCAGGUGUUCUUUUCCUACGCCACAGCAGCUAAUCAGAUAAUCACUCUCGGGAGUUACAAUAAAUUUACAAACAAUUUCUACAGUGGAACAAGUCUGGUCGGGGGAUUCGCCGUCUUUUCCGUACUAGGAUUUAUGGCCAAACAACAUAACCUUCCAAUAGCAGACGUGGCUAAUGCUGGUCCCGGAUUGGCUUUUAUUACAUACCCGAACGCCGUCACACAGAUGCCAAUUUCGCCGUUGUGGGCAGCACUUUUCUUUUUGAUGAUAGUUCUACUAGGGCUUGACAGUCAUUUUGUUGGGGUUGAAGCCGUCAUAUCCUCAGUCAUGGAUGUUUUCCCAGAUAUCAUGCGAAAGAAAAAUCGCCGAUCAAUGCUUGUUGGAGCCUAUUGUCUCCUUUCGUUCCUGCUUGGCCUCUGUAUGGUUUCCAGGGGAGGAAUGUAUAUAUUCCAGCUAUUCGACUACUACUCCGCCAGUGGAAUGGUCCUUCUGUGGUCAGUGUUCUGGGAGGUGGUGGCCAUUGCUUGGGUGUUUGGUGUUGAUCGGUUCUAUGAUGCUAUUGAGAUGAUGAUAGGCUCUCGUAUCAACCCUUACCUGCGUUAUUGCUGGAAGUACCUGUCGCCUCUGUUGUGUAUGGGUCUGUUGUUGGCUCAAUUAAUCAUGUUCCAGCCCCUUAAGUACAACAAGACAUACGAGUACCCCAACUGGGCCCAGGCCUUCGGUAUUAUGUUGGCAUUAUCGUCCAUGAUUUGUAUCCCGGUCUAUGGUUUCUACAAGAUGGUCACUACAGAGGGACCACUGAUGAAGAGAUGGCGAAGAGUAACCACACCAGUGUUACAGAAACAUCAGAUACAUCCAAGUUGGGGAUUUACUGCCAAACGGGACAUUUCCCUCUAG